AUGAAUAACAACAUGGAGGACGCUAAGGACCUAAAAUGGAAGAUUAUUUUUUUAAUUUUGAAAAUAUCUAAAGUAAUGAGAUGGUUUCAAAGUUGUACUAAAAAGUUUCAAAUGCUGACAAUCCUCAUACUGAUUACUUUUGUAAUGACUGGUUUCUAUAUUCUUAUGUAUAGGAAGUUGGAUGAUGACAUGUUAAGAAAUAACCCGUUUCAUGUUUUUGAAGAAUCUUCCUCCGAUAUCGGCUGUACAUUUCCGAAAGUAGAUCCGUUUUCAGAUGUUGCCAUGAAAUUCAAUCGAGAUUUCCCUAAAAUUGUUUGUAAGGGCAAAGACUGGGUUGUGUGCAAUAUGUCCGAAUGCUAUGUUACCAAAGAAAUACUCGACACUGUGAAGGACAUAUCUUGUACAUACAAAGAUAUAAUAUAUGUCGAUGAUCACACAUACGUAAUCGCAGAUGGUGUGAAGUUGUUCAACGAUGAAAAAUACAUAUUGAAUCAAACCGAUUAUUUUAAAGUGUCUUGUUUUGGAUAUGAUAAGAAAGGUUUUAACCUGCUAUCUCGUAAAUGGCAAGGAUAUAAAGCUGGUAUUCGCCCAAUGCUAACAUCUACGGACAUCUCGCCAGACAGCCUUAAUGUUCUCAUACUAGGCUUCGAUUCGGCUUCAUACAACGGCAUCGUGCGUAAGCUGCCUAAAAGUCAUAAGGUCUUGGUUGAAGAGCUUGAUGCAGUUAUACUGAAUGGAUACAAUAUAGUUGGAGAUGGCACUCCUGACGCUCUUUUCCCCAUUUUAUCGGGAAAGCAUGAAUGGCAACACCCUAGGGCUAGGCAAACAUUCUCCAAGGACAUUCAUUUGGACCCUGAUUUGUUCAUAUUUAAUACUGUUAAGCAGAAUGGAUACCAAACCGCUUAUUAUGAAGACAUGCCAUGGAUUGGUUCGUUCCAAUACCGAUACAAUGGGUUCAAAAAAGCGCCCGCGGACCGUUAUUUGCGUCCGUUUUUGAUGGAAGAAACAAAGUCCGGGUCUAAAUGGUGGCAUGGGAAAAAGGGCCGCUACUGCAUCGGCGAUAAGCCGCAGUAUAAGGUGUUAAUGGAUCUGACAUUGCAGUUCCUUAAUGUUCAAGCAAAGAAAUUCUGCUUCACGUUCAUAGCUGAUGUGUGCCAUGAUGAGUUCGAUCUCAUAUCGACCGUUGAUGAUGACUUAGUGGGCUUAUUAAGGCAUUUGAAGACGUCAAAUACUUUGGAAAACACCCUGUUUAUACUCAUGGGAGACCAUGGACCUAGAUUCUCACCAAUGCGAAACACAUAUCAAGGGAAAAUGGAGGAACGUCUUCCAUUUAUGGCCAUACGUUUGCCGGAAAGACUGAAAAGGGAACGUCCCAAUGCGAUCUGGACUCUCCGGUCAAACGCCAAAGUUUUGACAACACCUUUCGAUAUACACACAACGAUUUUGGACGCAAUUGGACUGAAAGAUUACGCAAGUGAUUAUGCUGUGCCUAAUACUAAUAUUUUGCGGGGAUUGAAUACCGUCCACUCCACCCGUAGCUGCGAAGACGCAGGAAUUCUACCCCAUUGGUGUACUUGCACUAAUAGCAAGUGGCAUGAUGUUGACAAGAAGGAUCCCAAUUACUUUACAGUGGCCAACGCAUUGUGCGACUAUAUUAAUAAUAUCACUUUGGAAAAACGAAGUCAGUGUGCGGAGAGGAAGCUAACAUCAGUAGAAUGGGUUAUAAAACGCGAUGGUCAGAGCUCGAAUACUUACGGGAACUCCGUCUACUACCAACUGGUUAUUAUAAUGAGCCCCGGCAGAGCGAUUUACGAAGCGACACUCCAAUAUCAUACCGGUAACGACUCGUUGACGGUAACAGAUAACGAUAUCUCGAGGAUUUCUGCAUACGGCAGUGAACCAGCUUGUUUAGAUGACCGCAACCCAUAUUUAAAUAAAUACUGUUAUUGUAUAUAA